AUGCUGCCAGCCACAUUGGGAGCCGCGCGACAGCCGGACGCCACCGCCAGGGUGCUCGAGUUCCCGGGCACCGCGCCGCGAAGGCCAGCGACAGCUGCCAACCCCCGCCUCGACGCCGCCAGCUACCGCCCUGCCACUGCUCCAGUGUCGGCACAGGCUGGCCCUGCCGCCGGUGGAACGGCCGCCGCCACGCCCUUUGGCAGCACCCUCAGCCUGGAGCCUGCCUACAAGCCGGCGCUUGCCCGCCUCUCGCGGCCCUCGACAGCUGCGGCAGCCCCGAGCCUGGCACAGUCGCGGCCAGCGACAGCUGCAACCGCAGCCACAGCAGCAGCAGCGCCGCCGCUGCCCAGCAGCCGCUUGGAUGCCCUGUUGGCAGGCAAGCAGCGCGGCAGCGCGGUGCGGCCGCUGGGCAGCGCAGCAGCGGCGCAGCGGCUCCCCGCCAGCCGCCUGGAUGCACUGCUGUCUGCCAAGCCCACCAGCACAGCAGCGGUGCUACCUCCAGCGGCAGCAGCGGCGCUACCUCCCAGCAGCCGCCUGGAUGCGCUGCUGUCCAAGCAAGCUCCGGCAUCACUCACCGCUGCUGCUGCUGCUGCGUCGAGAGCAGCGGCACCAGCCACCGCUGCGAGCCAGCCUCCCUCUGGCGCCAGCUCAGCCCUGGGGCAGGCUGGCGGGGCGCGUGCCGUGCCUGUCGCGCCUGCGUCGGCGGCGCUGUCACCCGUGGCAGAGGAGGCGCCUGCCCCGCUCCCUGCAGCACCAGCAGCGGGGGAUGCUCCCGCCGCAGCUCCACCCGAGCGCACAACACGUGCGCAGCAUGGUGAGGCAGCGCAGGCGGCAGCGGGGCUGCUGCCAAGGCGCGUCUCUGGCGGGGCGCUGGAUCCCGGCCUGCAGGACCGGCUGCGGGAGCGCAUCGAGCAGGCCAAGGUCCAAAUCCGGCAGCAGCUGUCUCCUAUGUUCCACCUGUCUCAGGCGCUGGUGGGGGCUGAGGGCGACCCUUGGCGGGCGGCAGAUGCCCUGGAGGCCGCCGCCGGGCUCAGCGCAUUCGAGCGGCUGGCUGUGCGGCCUGGCAGCCGGGGCGCGGCGGGAAUGUCGACGGCGACGGUGUCAGGAGCGCGUGCUGGCACCCUGGCGGCUCCAGCGGGCGGCAUGGCCGGCGGCAGAGUGGCUGAGAGCGAGGAGGAAGGGGAGGCCAGCCACGUGUCGCUGCCGCUGGUAGGCGCCGACGUGCAGGAGCAGCGGAGCCAGCCGGGGCCAGCAGCAGCUUGGCAUGCCGACAAGCCGGCCACCUCCCGGGCUGCUGGUGGGGCAGGCGGUGCCGGCGACGGCAGCGGCAGGAACGCUUCAGAUGCCGGUUCGUUGGUGGCGACGGCCAUGGCGGCCGCAGAGCGUGCCCAGCAUGCCAUUGCUGACCUGGCAGCCACGCCACGUCAGCACGCGCUGGCGCUGCCGCACCAGGCCCAGCCCGACGCCGCCGGAUCCGCCCCACGGCCAGCUCCGCCCGCGCCGUAUGUGCCGCCCAUGGCGGCAGCUGGUGUGGCCGACGGCAGCGGGCAGCCUGCGGGGCGGGCUGCGGCGCACGGUGAUGCGCAGCGCUGGGUGGCGCACCUGCAGCGCCAGUCUGAGGCGCUCAUCAGGGCGGAGUGCGAGCAGCUUGUGGCCUCCAUGCAUGCGCUGUUUGACAGCAUGCUGGAAAGCCUGCGGCAGGAGCAGCAGCCGGGGGCGGCAUCCCAGGAGGCCGCGGCGGCAUCGGCGGGCAGCAGGGACCACAGCGGGGGCAGCAGCCUGCAGGGCAGCCUGCCCGGCAGCGGCAGCGCCUCCCCCACAGCCUCCGCAGGCUCGCCCCCUGGCAGCAGCCGGGGAGGUGGGCGGGACGGCACGCCACUGCAGACCACUCUCAGGCUGGGCGGCAGCAGCGGGAGCAGCGGCGGCGGCGGCAGCAUGCUGUCUGAUGGCGAGGCCUCCUGGCUGGUGCUUGGCGACCAGCAGCCCGAGGGGCAGGAGGGCCGGCAGGAGGAUGAGCAGGGGCAAGGCGAGGAGGCGGAGGCCGAGCAGCACCAGCACCAGCAGCGGCAAGAGGCAGGCGUGUUGUUGUGGGGCGGCCUUGCCUCUGGUCAGGCCGAGCUUGGCCGGCAGCAGCAGCAGCAGCAGCAGCAGCAGGAUGAGGCCAUGCUGGAGGGCGCUGGCAGCAGCUCGCCCGCAGCCUACAUGUCCGCAGGCGAUCCGCCCCACCAGCCGGCGCAGGCGCCGCAGCAGCAGCCACGGCAGCUGCCGCAGCUUGGGGCUGUGCUGGCGGCGGGCUUGGGCGGCGGCGCCGGCUUUGGCAGCCCCAUCCGGCUGCCGCACCACCCCAGCCCCGCCAAGCCUGCUGCCACGGCGGCAGCGGCAGCAUCUGGCGUGCCGGGCGCCUUUGCACCCAGGUCGCCAGCAGCCACGCCUGCUCGCAUCACGGGUCAUCAGCCAGCCCUGGGUGCCGCCGCCGCCAAGACUCUGUCGUUUGGCGCCCAGCCAGCUGGCUCCGGCGCCGAAUAUGCCACCCCUGCAAUCGAGCUGUGGCCAGGCAGCGUGAGCCGGCCGUCUGUGCCGCGCCUGGCCACAGCCGCAGGCGCCCAGCCGCUGCGCAGCAGUCUGGACGUCUUUCUCACUGCCCGCAGCACGGCGGCGCGCCCGGGCGGGUUCCUGACUGCACGUAGCACCGCCGGCGCAUCUGCAUCGCCGGCAGAGCCCGGCAGCGCAGGCCCCGCCAGCACGCGCAGCAGCUGGCCAGCGGCGAGCGCCUCGCCAGUUCCGCACAGCGCGUCUUAUGCUGGGGCCGGGGCCGCGGCGUCUGGCAGCAGCGCGGCAGCCACGCCGGGCGCCUAUUACAGCAGCCUGAGCGGCGGCGGGCAGCGAGAGGCUGCGGCGCCGCCUGGCACCACUGCGGCAUCCAGCCUGCGGCCGCUGCUGGGGGCUGGGGGCCGUGAUUUGGAGGGCCUCUCAGCGAGCAUCCGGCGGAUGGCGGCAGAGAUGAGGCUGAAGCAGGGCGCCCUGGCCACGCCGCUGCUGGCCAGCCGGCCCGGCAGCGCCGGCCGGCCGCUGCCAGGCUCGUCGGGGCGGCCAUCCAGCAGCGGCGGCGGCGGCGGGGGCAGCGCGGGGCAUCUGUACCGCAAGCCGCCUCGCUGA